AUGCGUCUGCCAGCCCUCCUUUGGCCACUAGCCUGCAGCCUGGUGCUGCUCCUGCUUUCGUCCGGAACUCGCUCGCAGUGCAACGAUACUCACCAGCCGGGAUGUCUCCACAGGGCGGAGCUGAAUAUCGCCCAGCGCAAUUGUCUGGACCCCACGAAGUACUGGCUCUGCUCGGCCAUUGGCCAGGAAGCCCAGCUCAAGAAGUGCCAGGCUAAUACGGGAUUCGACCAGGACCUCAACGCCUGCGUGCCUUGGGUCGCUUGGGUUUGGCAGCCUUGCAUCGAGCCGCCCAGUCGUCCACCCGGCUGGACACCCUGUUAAAAAGUAUAUUUGAUUUGGUUCCCUAAAUGCAUUUCUAUAUUACUAUAUGUAGUAACUUACUAAUAUGUCAUUUUCUUCUUACAAUUUAUAUCAUCAAGGAAAUGGUGGCUUUA